GGUGCCCAACUGUCGGUAGGAUCAACCCCUACCGGUACCAAACCCGCCUGCUCAUCCCGACCAUGAUGCCGUACCGGACCACCAGUUCGCCUUUUUAAAUAAUUCCUCCCACCCCGCGUACCUUCGGUUUCAUGCCUUCACAUGUGCCGGAAAGGUAUAACGCCGUAACAUAAAAGUUUUAUGUGUGUGUGGCUCUGCCUUCGCAUGAAAUCCGGAGGCUUGCUUGAGGGUCGGGACGUCGCGGAUUUUUCCUUCCUUUUUUUUCCCUCUGAAGGGGUGAAGGCUGCUGGGUUGGCAAACUGACACUCUCUCCGGCGAGCAGGCAGCGCCAUUACCCCCCCCCCCCCAGCUUACCCUACUACUACCGCUUGAAGGAUUUCGUUGGGGUUCCAGAACUUACAGGGCGGAAGAAGGAGAGGAGGGGUAUAAUAGCUAAGCUCAAACUCGGGUUUUACCAAUUGGAGGAGAGGAAAGGAAGGAAGGGCACUCCAUUUCAUAUAAGUUUCGAGUGGAGCUACAUUUCCAGGCAAGUUCUUCGUCCGCUGUUCCUUUCUUCAUUUUCUGUGUCUGUCGUCUUCAUUCUUCUCUUUCAUCUUGGGAGGGAGGAUUUUGUUUCUUUAUUUCUUUCCUUCCACUAUUCUGCAUUCUUUCGUUCCACCGUCUCGCUGUGCGAGACACCAUAUCCUACCCCUUAAUCCAGCCUAGGAAACACGAUAAAAGAGGACACAAGCCCUAACAUGCUUCACCCAAGACACAUAAUCCGCACAAUGGCCGACUUCACAUUACAUGAUGACCAAACCGGCUCCUCCGGCACCGAUCCUUCCGAAAUGGCCUCCAUUGGCGACAACCACUCUACCGGGGGUGGCCACUCAUCACACCCCACCUCGGGCAUGAGCAUGUCCUUCCACACGGGCAUCACGGACCCACUCUACUCGUCUGCGUGGGCGCCAGCUUCGCCGGGAGAAUACGCGGGUACGAUCGCCUUCCUGAUGCUCCUGGCGUUCACGUAUAGAUUCCUGGUAGCGUGGAAGAGCGUGCUGGACCAUAAAUGGGCUGUUAAGGAGAAUGAACGAAGUGUACUCGUUGCGGCGGGGAAGGCCGGGAGUCUGGGAAGUUCGGAGGGACUGAGUGGAAGUGGCGGAGGGAGGAGGACGGGCAGUUGGAGUGGGAAGCCGUGGAGGUGGUCGGUCGAUUUUCCCAGGGCCUCUAUGCAGAUGGUUACUUCGGGGGUUGGGUAUUUACUGUAUGUCUUCUCUUUAUCCCUUCUUCCGUGCUCCAACUAACAGCCCAUCGAUGCUCAGCAUGCUAGCGGUAAUGACAUUCAACGUCGGUUACUUCCUUGCCGUCCUCGCUGGUGUAUUUUUUGGGGAAUUAAUAUUUGGGCGGUGGAUUCGCGGGAGCGAACAUUAA